AUGUUCAGCUGGAAGAAGAAUAGAAAGAGUGCGAAAGCGGCUCGUGUCGCUGUCCGGAAUGCUCCCGAAAAAGCCGAAUCUCGCGUGGUCAAGUUCCAAUUGCUAUCGUCCGAUGAGAAGAUCUACAAGAUAACCCAGGACGGUAUCAUGCAGUCAAAGACACUGGCCAAUGCUCUGGACAAUUUGCGUACGGAAGACCUACUUGCCGCUCCAGUUCCUGUGAACAACGUCGAAGGCGCAUGUCUCAAGAAGAUCGUGAAGUGGUGCGAGCACCACAAAUACGACGGGGUGUACGAGAAGAGUGGAAAUGGCCGGGACCUGAUUAUUCCAUCGUGGGACGAAACCUUUUUGCAACGUCUCGACAAUAAGGAGCUCUUCGACGUCAUUUGCGCCGCCAACUACCUUGACAUCCCGAAGCUCAUGGACUUCUCCUGCAAAACGGCGGCGAGCAUGGCCAAGGGCAAAUCGCCAGAGGAGUUGCGUGUCGUUUAUGGCAUUCCAACGGAUGACGAGGACGCACUUAUGAAUCUGGCGGGGCCGUCGAGCUCAAAUAAUUGA